AUGAGGUCAUGUGUUUGUUUAACUAUAGCAUUGAUCAUAUGUUCGACAUUAUAUCAUGUAUCCAAUGCUAGUCAGGCCGCUCUCGUUGGUACUGUCUACUGUGACACUUGUUUCAAUCGAGAGUUAUCCGGGUCUAUCCACUUCAUUUCAGGUGCAUUGGUGGCGGUUGAAUGUGGUGGUGAUGGGAGUACGUCAAGUGUCUGGAACCCAAGAUUCCGAGAGGAAGUGAAAACAAAUGGAAAAGGCGAGUUCAAAGUUAAACUUCCGUUUUCACCUAUCAAACAUGUUAAUGUAAUCAAGGGGUGUUCUGUUAACUUGAUAAGAAGCGGCGAGUCUGAAUGUGCAAUGGCUGUCACCAAAGCUUCAACACCUAUUCGUCUCAAGAUGAAAACCCCCGCAUAUCAUGUUUUUUCGGCUGGAUUCUUUACAUUUCAGCCUCUUGUAAAGCCAAGACAAUGUCAUACAAGAACAAGAAACCAGAAUUCCAAUGAUGAAUUUAGCACUGUAACACCAUCACCAUCACCUGUUGAUGGAAUGCACAUUCCUCCAAUGGAUCCUAGUCCCAGCACAAUCCCAACUCCACCUGUUACAAACAGACAAAUUACAACGGAAUCAUAUCAUUUAGAAAAUGAAGACAAUUUCGGAUUCCCAUACCUUCAACAUCAGUUUCCGCCACAACUACAAGAGCCAUCAUUAAAUUUCCAGUCACCACCGGGGUCCAUGUCAAAUCGUGGUUUCCAGCCACCACCAGAUUCCAUGUUCAAUCUCGGUUUGCAGUCACCACCGGAUUCCAUGUUCAAUCUCGGUUUGCAGCCACCACCAGAUACCAUGUUGAAUCCCGGUUUCCUGCCACCACCAGGUUCCAUGUCCAAUACAGGUUUCCAACCACCACCAAAUUCCAUGUCCAAUCUCGGUUGGCAGCCACCACCACAUGCCAUGUUGAAUCCCGGUUUCUUGCCACCUCCAGAUUCCAUGUCCGGUACAGGUUUCCAGCCACCACGGAAUUCCAUGGCUAACCCUGUUUUCCAGCCACCAGCAGAUUCCAUGCUCAACCCAGGCUUCCAACCAUCACCAGAUUUCAUGUCUAAUCCCGGUCUACAGUCAUCACCAGAUUUGUCCAUGUCCAAUCCUGGUCUCCAACAGCCACCACCCGAUUCCAUCUUUAAUCCGGAUUUCCAGCCGCCACCGGAUCCCAUGUUAGAUCCUACACUAUUACAACCGCCACCAAAUUCUACAAUUGGCCCAUUCCAAACAUUAUCACCGACAUCGGCUCCUCAGGUGUCUACACCACCACCAUCAGGGCCAUUUUCACCACUAGAUCCGCAACCUAAUUCCACUCCAUCAACCCCAUUGGUAUUCCUUCCACCAUUCCCUUUUCUGCCAGGGUCAGGAAGGCCACCCGCAACCUUUUCCACUAAUAUAAAGAAAACAUCUUCUCCUUGA